AUGAAUGAAGAGAAUCCUUUGAUUGAUAAUAUUAAAUCUAUUACUAAAGAUGCAGUAGAAUCUGAUAUUGAUUUCUAUUGUGCUUUAGAAGAUGAUUUAAAUGAAAAAUGGGUUAAUGAUAAAUUAAAAAAACAAAAAGGAUUAAAAUGUGAAGUUGAAGAGAGUGAUAAGGUUGAUUCUCUAAGCAAUUCAGAUGAUCCAUAUGAAAAAUCAGAUUUUAAAACAGAUGCUGUUCUAUCUUGUCCUUCUUGUCUAACAAUAGUGUGUUAUGAAUCUCAACGUCAUGAAACUUAUAAAAAUCAGUAUCGUGCAAUGUUUGCACAGUCAGUGACGAUUGAUUUUGAUAAAAAACUCUUUUUUCCACUAACUGGUAAAAAAAUUUCUAACACUAUGUCUACAGAAAUUCCUGAAAACGCCUCUAUGGAUGAUAUUUUUUAUCCAGUAAAUUGUGCUUGCUGUAAACAUCAAAUUGGUGUAUAUGAUAAUGAAGAAGUAUAUCAUUUUUUUGAAGUUGUAACAGGUUAUUAA